UUAAACGUUCGACGGCCAUUAAAUUUGUCAUGCCUGAGCGAACAGCAUAUCGAUCGACAUAACAGCAUUUAAUGAACUUGACUUCACGAUGAAUUUGGGAUGUGACCAGCUGGCGAGUUUUCUGAAGAGCAAAGGGAUAUCGCCAGAGGGUAUAGACAGUGUCCGAGGAAAUGGAAUCAGCGGAGACAUGUUUAUGCAGUUCUGUGAGGAAGAUAUCAGGGACGCCUUCACGGUGUUUAAAGAUCGGUUUACGGUGCGCAAAGUGAUCCGGGAGUUGAAACUGGGACAGCCGGUGAAACCCUCCACACAGAGUCCGCACUCCGCAGCCCAAUCUGUUACACAGUCAUCCCGACCUUCGCAGCAGCCACCGAGGGUGUCAGAGCAGCGCACACUUUAUCAGAAUAAUUCAGAUCAACAUCGACCCUUCUCUAGUCCUAAUGCAUCAAUGAAAUCUCUUCAUGACAGACAAUUGUUCAUGCCUCCUACAGAAACGUCUCGCUCUUCAUUUGGAAGCGGGGGUUCCCAGUCAAUUAAUAUGUCAUCUAGAUUGCAAAAUGACAGUUACAGUUCUGGAGGAGUGAAAAGGCGAUUAUCAAUAGAUCACAUUAAACGGGAGCCACCCGAGACAAGAACAGACAAUACAUCGGGCGUGUGUAUCGAUCUUCGGCCCAAGUCACAAGAACAGAAACAGGAACAAAGUCCUGUGUUUCCAUAUGGGAGCCCGCAGUUGAUGAAUGCGACUGUUUCCAGCACUGAAGAGGAGCUGAGGACUAAAGGCAAUAAGUCGUCUCCGCUUCAUAAACAGGGCCCCGGGAUCCCUUAUCCUGUUUGCUUGACACAAGUUAUUCCAAGUUCAUCGCCAGCACAAAGUCAACAUUCUCCCACAGUAAAAGCGGAAACCAGUCAACAAAUGAUGCCGAUGGCAGAUGAAAAACAUCACGGACAGCAGUCUCAAAGUCAACAAGCCAUGCCAAAUCCACAUCGAUAUGAUGAAUCGGGAGCGUUUAUGUUGAGUUUGGUUUCCAGCAGCAUUUCCAGGUUUUCAGGCGAAGAACUUUUAGGAAAAAAACCCGUGAGAGGACGCCCCACUGAGGCACAGCGGUUAGGGACUGUGUUGAUAAGGAACGCUGCACAAUCUGUUCGCAUAUGGGACUCGGCCCCUUUAUGGAAAGACAUCACCCACGAGAAACGUGACGGUUUUAUGCAGUACGUCAUCUCUACUGCUCCGCAACUGGCUGCGUAUUCUGAACUAGUGUGGAAUCGCCUCCGUGAGGCUCUACAGAACCGACGCAAGUAUCUUCUCGAUAAAGAAACAGGAAGACGAGUUUUAAAAAGUUCUCCUUUACUUAAUCACGUAAAAGAUGAUUCUGCCAUUCCAUCAAUAAACAUAGCCGAUGUACGCAGUUUGAUAGACCUUACAGAACAACACGAACAAGACGACAAUACCUUAGCUGAUACUGUGAAAACUGAGGAUUCAUAAGUAUUUUAUCAACCAUGAACGGUACAGCGGUAAUAUGUCAUAUGUUAUAGUCAUGAACAAUGCACCGGUUAUAUGUCAUAUGUUAUAGUCAUGAAUGACACACCGGUAAUAUGUCAAAUGUUAUAGUCAUGAACAAUGCACCGGUAAUAUGUCAUAUGUUAUAGUCAUGAACGAAACACCGGUAAUAUGUCAUAUGUUAUAGUCAUGAACGAUACACCGGUAAUAUGUCAUAUGUUAUAGUCAUGAACGCUACACCGGUAAUAUGUCAUGUGUUAUAUUCAUGAACGAAACACCGGUAAUAUGCCGUAUGUUAAAGUCAUGAACGCUACACCGGUAAUAUGUCAUGUGUUAUAUUCAUGAACGAAACACCGAUAAUAUGCCGUAUGUUAUAAUCAUGAACGCUACACCGGUAAUAUGUCAUGUGUUAUAUUCAUGAACGAAACACCGGUAAUAUGCCGUAUGUUAUAGUCAUGAACGCUACACCGGUAAUAUGUCAUAUGGUUAUAAGAUCCAUUAACACUUCUCAAAUUUAGCAUUUGAUAUCAUAACAGCAGUGAGAGUGCGCGUUGAUAACUAGUCGGUUUUAAUGUUUUAUAUAUCCAUUCUAUAGGUGUUGUACUUGAAAUAUACUUGUGUUACGUUUUGAUGUCCUAGUUGAAGGUGCGAGCAUAGAUACUACGUGAACAUUUGUAUAUUACAAGUGGACCCGUUGAAUGCCAAAUACAUAAUAUAUAUAUAUAUAUAUUUCAGACGACGUUGGAGAUAAACUGCGUUGUAACAAAUUAUUUAAAUUUUAAUUUGUUGUGAUUGUACAUGUAAUUUGUUUUAAGCGAAAUGUAAAA